CACGAAACGGCACCUUUUCUUGUUUUUUUUUUUCUUCCUCCGAGAUGAAGAAGCAGCAGCAGCAUCGCAAUCGAGAGGAGCUUGCCAGCCAUAUGCAUAUGCACACACGCAUUGAGCAAUCAAUUGAGUGUGCCCAGACUACCCCCUUCCUACUACCUCAACUAACCUCCUUCCCUCCUCCUCCUCCCCCCCCUACUCUUCCCUCCUUCCUUGGACUUCCUUGGAGAUUCGACUUGCCCAGACAAGCACAAAAAAGCAAAAGAGCCCCUGAAGCACAUACAGCAGCAGCAGGAAGGGGAAAGCACACCACCUGCCUGGUCUGUGUCCUGUUUGUGUGUCUGAGCCGAGCUGUGAGUGGCUGGCGGGGAGAAUGCAGCUGGGCUAGGCUGAUGCUGGUACACGCCUCUAUUGGUCGGCUGAAGCUGAGGGGCACGCGGUUUAGUGGGUCCGGCCAGGUUGGAAUGGAGCCGGUCCACAAAAGAACUCAAGCGGGGAGGAGGGGGAGGGAGGCACGAAGAAUAGGAGGAUACCUCGAGGAUGGAAGGAAUGAAUUCAAAUAAAAUUGCCUCUGCUCCUGCUCCUGCUCC